UCCCCUGGGACCAUCGCAGGAUUCUCGACCUACGACAGAAUGAGUUACGACUACCUGGUGAAGUUCCUGGCGCUCGGGAACUCGGGCGUCGGCAAGACGAGCUUCCUUUACCAGUACACGGAUGGCACCUUCAACUCCCGUUUCAUAUCCACCGUGGGAAUCGAUUUUAAGGAGAAGCGAGUGAUAUAUCAAACGGCGAAUGGCAGAAGCCAACGAGUACAUUUGCAGCUCUGGGACACUGCCGGUCAAGAAAGGUUCAGAAGUCUAACCACCGCCUUUUACCGGGACUCUAUGGGUUUCCUACUAAUUUUUGAUCUGACCAAUGAAUCGUCGUUCCUCGAAGUUAGAAACUGGCUGGAGCAGCUUAGGACACACGCGUAUUGCGAUGACCCAGAUAUAAUUCUUUGUGGCAAUAAAUCUGAUCUUGAGGAUAAACGCGUCGUCAGCGAACAUAAAGCGCGAGCUCUUGCUGAGAGACACGGCUUGGUUUAUCUGGAGACAAGUGCCGCGACCGGGCAAAAUGUUGAGCGUGCCGUGGAAAUUUUACUGGACCGCGUAAUGCGCAGAAUGGAAGCUACAGUGAACAAGUCACCGUUGCCGCAUCAAAAAGCUUUAAGAUGUCACGAGCGCGAUACUCCGCCACCUAGGAGUUCCUGCUAUUGCUGACAGUGCCGGUAUAUGUAGUUAUCCAAACUACAUUCUGUCUGCUGUAAUCAAAGAAGAGAUCGCAUUACGACGCUGAUGUCUACGAUUUAUGAAUCGAAUGUCAAUCUCGUCAUGUACUUUUUGAUUAGCAUGUUCGAUGCAAGAAUAUCGGUAUAGAAUAUCGGAAGAUUUUAUUAAAUGCACAAAGUGGUUAGAACAGGAUCUUAAUGUUUGAUAAUAUUUCUUAUGUGAGUUUUUUUUUGUAAUUUUAAAUCCUCUAAUAUCUCAAUUUUAAUUUAACAAAAAAUGACUUAUAUUUAAGUGACCAAUUCAAGUAAAAUAAUUAUAUCGCGAUAUUAAACUGUUAAUCAAUUUAAUAAUAUUAAUAUUAAAAAACAUCUUUUACUGAAACUAAUAAACAUCCUUUGAACAUUGCAAAGAAUUUGUUGCGAAAACAUCCCAUGGUAAUAUUUUCGAGACCAAUAAUAAUUAACGUGUAACUUGAAUAAUUAGAAAAUGUAUUUAAAUUUACAUAAGAUGUAUUAUCAAAGUUUGUCUUUGACCGUUUCAGACGUUUUUUUAUUUAAUUGCGUUAUUUAUAUCAGUUUAAUCUUCAUUAUUUAUAAUUCUGGUAAUUUUACAUUUGCCACUUAUCUCAUGUUGUAACAAAUAAUUUAAAUUGAAAAAGAAAUAUUCGGAAGAAGAAAAAAUAACCCGAAGCAAAAUUUUUGUAUAAAAAUGAUAAAGGAGUGUUAAUUUAACUACUAAAUCGACAAUAAUCAAUAUUUCAGUCUUAUACGAAUCUCACUACAUUAGUAAUAUAAGGAGAUACAAUAUAAUGUUUGGAAUUAUUUUCUAUUAUUUAUACUAGAAAUUCUGCUAUUUUUUAAUUUUAUAUUGUGUGGAAUUUUUUAUCGAUUUUUAAAUAAUAUCCGGUUAAAUUUUUAAUUACUAUAUAUUUUAUAGGUCUGUUUAAUGUUAAUUUAAAGGUUUAUAAUAUUUUAGGUUUAUAAUAUUUUAGGAAAAUUUUGUUUUAACUGAAAUUUGUACGUAUAAUUUUAAUAGCUGCGCAACGAACAUGUUAAUAAGCUUAUCGAUAAAUAUAUUUCUACGAAAUAAGGCUAUUUCGCGUGUUUUACGGAAAAUAUUGAAUAUUAUAUAUUGACAUUCAAGGUUUCUUACUAUUCUGCACAUAUUAAAUGUCUUCCACCGUCACUUAUUAUCAAGUGAAAGCGUCACUUCAAUGGAUCUGCCAAUGAACUCUUAAUUAUAUUUAUACAAUUUGAAUCUUGUCUUCUACGGACAACUCUCUAUUGUUUCCUCUGACGAGUUACUUUGUCUUACAAAUUUUUUAAAUACUGCUAUUGUCUUCCAAUGUUGCUUGUUCUCGAGUGAUAGCGUUUAAGCAAAUUAAACGUCACUUAAAAGUGUCUUUUACUCUGCGAUAAACUGCUGAUCUUUUCUAUCACUAUUAUUAUACGCACAAGAGUGUUCAAUCAGUCAAUCUUUUCUUGUGAAAAGUGUGAUAUGCGAUCUGUGUCGCAACAGAAAUUUUGCAAGAGCGAAUCACUUUUAACUGUAUGUAACAUAUUUUUGAUGAUGUUAUAUAAUCAAUCAAAAUUGAUAUAUAUAUAUUAUAUAUAUAUUUAAUUAUAUUAUAUAUAUAUUUAAUUAUAAGCGAUUAAUAUAUUGAGUAUAGCCGAGUAUAUCAUAUAACGCGCGUAUGCCGGCAAACUAAUCUCUUGUGAUAUUUAUAUAAAUAAAACUAUAAGUUAUUGUGUUGUGAUUAAUCAUUAAUGCUUUAGCAUUAUGAAAUAAAUACUACUACAUAACGUUAAAAAGAAAAUUAUUAAGAAUAUUUAAGAAUUGCGAGCAUUUAUAAGAACUGUGUGUAUACAUAUACGUUAUAUACCGAUUAUAAUAAGGUAAAAUUAUAAAAGAUUUACGAAGCUUUCGAACAAAAGACAAAUCGAUGCAGCAGUAAUUCUGUCUUUGUUUGAUAUUCAGUGAAAGAUAUUGUUUUUUGCUGGAAAGCUUCCAUAAUUACACAAAUAAAAUUACGAGUAAUAUUAUGAGUAGGAAUGAGUAAGAGAAGUUUUUUUGAGAAUAAAUAAACAAUGAGAAAUAAACUUUGACGUAUCAUAAGUCUUAACAAGCAAAUAGAUAAUAAAAUCUUGUUUAACAUUAAGUUUUUUAACGAGUCUUUCACUAAAGUUUACUGAUUAAGAAACUCAAAUUAAAAAUGAUAAAUUUUUAACUGAAAGUGGAAAGCUAGCAAAUGAUUGUUUUUUACAAAAAUUCAUGCAAAAAAUAAAAAUUUGGAACAACAUUUUUUGUAAAUUUUGUAGGAACAUGUUCUAUGUUGGUGGAAAUUUUUUAUAUUAUCGUAAAAAAUUUUGCAUUUUUAUUAUGUAAUUAAUUGUGACUUAACGCUCUAAAUUGCUUUACUUCGUGAGAUGAGCUGCCGAGAGCGUAAAUAAGCAGGUAAGCUUAUAGAAUUAUGCGUGCUAUGGAGAGAGUGUAAUCAAUCUUAACCGUGCAGUUUAUACGAAGUUUUCACUCAUCUCGCUAUCUUGGGAUAUAUUAAUACUAAAUUGAACACAGACUAAUUAAAAAUUAUGAACGUCAUACAAAUAAAAGUGCUUUUAUUUCAAUUACAAAAAUUUUAUUUAAUGAAGAUUAUUAUUGUUAUAAUACUAAAAUUUAUUGCAUUUUAUUUUAAUUAAAUAUUUAAAUAAGUAAAGUAGUGCAAUUAAAUUAUUAAAGCGCAUUUGUGAGAUGAUUAAGAUUAUUAUCAAUGUUGUUGAAUACUAAAAGUUUAGCUCACACACAUAUACAAAAUUUAUUGAAGCUAUUCGCGAUGUGCAGGUUAAAAUGAGUAUAAAGUAUGUUUGAGCAAUAGAGGCUCUUUGGAAAAUAUCUUCGCUAGCGAGCGAUGGAACUUCAAUCUUUCAUCAAUGAGACAAGGAGUUACGUAGUACAUCGGAAGAGAUUAAAGUUUGUUAAGAAACUUGUUUCAUUGUUCACUUAUUAAUCUACUACUUACACAUAUGAGUCCUUGUUGUUUAUGUACGUUACAACUUCACAUUUUCAUUAUACGAAAAUUGAUGAUAACUUUUUUAUUUUAAUUUGAAUUAAAUAAUCAAUUGACAUUUAAUUGGAUAAUUUAUUUGAGUUUCUAGUAACAUUUUUUGAAAGAACUCUUUAGAGAUGUGUUACCUAAAACUUCCAAGAAAAUAUCAGAUUUUUGAAAAAAAUUUUUCAACUUCUGACAAGUUAAACAAUUCUUAAAAAUUAUUUUUAAUUAUUAUGUAAUUAUUUUAUAUCAUGUAUUAUAUUAUAUUUUAUAUUAUAUAUUAUAUUAUGUAAUUAUUUUAUAUAAAUUAAUUCUUAAAAUCUUAUUUGAUGAUUUUGUUCAAUAAAAAAUUUGAUAACGUAAAUAACGAAAAGGGAAAAGAUUGUAAAUGAUUAUAUCAGGGAUUUGAACAAUCAUAUUAAAUAUAAUUUUCAUAAUAAAUUCUUGAAAAAGGAGGAACAAAUGGAUACAAAAGUGAUAUUAGUGAUAUCAAUAUUACUGAAUGUUAAAUGUAUUUUUAAAUCAAAUAUAUUAAACCAACUACUAGUUGCAAAUGUUGUAUAAUUACAUCUUAUUUGUUACAGUAUACCUUAAACGAUACUAAAAUUAGGAUUAAGAUAAAUGUGUUGAAAAUGCCAAUAUAUAUUAAUGUAUGAAAAGUUUCCACGUAAUUGUUAAAUGAAAAGUGUUUUAAAGUAUCAUGUAUAUGAUUAUAUGGUUGAAUAAAAUUGAUUAAAUUUAAA